AUGGCGCAGGAGUACAAACUUAAGGGGAUAACGUCCUUGGCGCUCAAGCCAGGCGAAAAGCUCGAGGCUGAGGUCGAAGGACUGGAUACAAAAGUCCUCCUCCUAAAUGCGGGAGGAAAUGUCCAAGCCGUCGGUUCCCGUUGCACCCACUACGGCGCCCCCCUUGUCAAGGGCGUCGUUGGAGCAAAUGGGACAAUUACAUGUCCAUGGCACGGCGCAUGUUUCAACGGCAAGACAGGAGAUGUCGAAGACGCACCCGCACUGGACCCUUUACCUGUGUUCAAAGCAAUUGAGCGCGACGGAGCUGUGUACAUUUCGGGUGACGCCGCAGUGAUCAAGAAUGGUUAUCGCAAGCCAAAUUUCCAGUGCGCAGCGAGCGGUGGUGAUAAGGUGUUGGUUGUGGGCGGCGGCUCUGGCGCGCUGGGAGUGAUCGAGGGUUUGCGAGAGAAAGGGUUUCGAGGGGCCAUUACCCUCAUUACAAACGAGGGUUACCUUCCAAUUGACCGCCCCAAGCUGAGCAAGGCGUUGAUGACAGAUCUGGGUAAACUUCAGUGGCGGGAUGAGAGCUGGUUCAAGAGUGGUAGUGUCGACAUUGUCAACGACGAGGUUACUUCAGUGGACUUUGCGACAAAGACUGUCACCACCAAGACAGGGAGCAAGUUUGCCUACACCAAGCUCGUUCUUGCCACCGGUGGGACACCUCGUGCCCUCCCUCUUCCUGGGUUUAGGGAGCUGGGCAACAUUUUCACGCUUCGCACGGUGCACGACACCAAGAAGAUUGUCAGUGUCAUCGGGGAGAAGGGCAAAAAGAUUGUCAUUAUUGGAUCGUCGUUUAUCGGUAUGGAAGUGGCCGUUGCCACUGCGGCUGGCAACCAAGUUACCGUCGUUGGUCUCGAGAAGGUGCCGCUCGAGCGCGUUUUGGGUGAGAAGGUGGGGGCCAUCAUCCAAAAGGGCGUUGAAGCAAAGGGCGUUAAGUUUUACCUCUCGGCUUCUGUCGAGAAAGCCGAGCCUUCGCCUUCGGACCCGUCGGUGGUUGGUGCCGUCUACCUUAAGGACGGCACGAGACUUGACGCUGAUAUGGUCAUCCUUGGAGUCGGUGUGACACCGGCGACGGAGUACCUCAAAGGCAACAGCCAGGUCCAGCUGGAAGCGGACGGUAGCAUCAAGGUCGAUGAGUCUUUCUCGGUCAUUGGCCUGGAGGGUGUGUAUGCAAUUGGCGACAUUGCAACUCAUCCUUAUCACGGACCUGGAGGAGACGGGAAGUUGGUGCGCAUUGAGCACUGGAACGUUGCCCAGAAUGCAGGCCGCACGGCAGCAAGGCACAUCGUCGACCCAACUGUCAAGCCCAGAUUCUACACUCCCGUCUUCUGGAGUGCCCUUGGUUCGCAGCUCCGCUACGCGGGGAACACGACGGCGAGUGGCUGGGACGAUUUGAUACUUCAAGGUGACCCCGACCAGGGCAAGUGGGUGGCAUAUUAUGCCAAGGGAGAGACCAUUGUUGCCAUGGCCAGCAUGGGCAUGGAUCCUGUCAUGGCUCAGUGUGCGCAGCUCAUGUCCCUGAACAAGAUGCCCACAAAAACGCAGCUCAUCGGGGGUCUUGAUGUGCUAAGUCUUGGUCCUCCAGAGUGA